AUGGAGCAAGCUGCAGUCCAUACCCAAAACAUGCAUGUGUGCAUUCUAGGUGCAGAAGUACGGAAUGGUGCUCCUGCUAAGCGGAUCGCCCUUUACCGCGUUUACAUGAAUAAGUACAAUAUACGUAAAGUUGACUUUAUGCACUGUGUGCACUGUUUGGACCAUCUUGACGACUUAGGUCUGCGAACCGUGUGCGCGCCGAGUUAA